AUGCCGAGCCACGAAAUAAACCAACACCGGUCCAGAACCCGACCGUCAACCUCAACAACCCGUCCACAACCGGUCCAACCACGAAUUCCGUUACGGAAGUUACUCCGAAUAGCUUCCGUAGCAAGCGGAAUUCAAUUCGGUUGGGCUCUACAGCUCUCCCUAUUAACCCCCUACGUUCAACAGCUCGGCAUUCCUCAUCAAUGGGCGAGCAUCAUCUGGCUCUGCGGACCGGUCUCCGGUCUAUUUGUCCAGCCUUUGGUUGGAGUUCUAAGCGACCGGUGCACGAGCCGGUUCGGGCGACGUAGGCCGUUUAUUUUAGCCGGCGCAACGUCGAUCGUCGUCGCGGUUGUUAUAAUCGGUUACGCGGCGGAUAUUGGCUGGUUGAUUGGAGAUGAUGUUAGCCAGAGUUAUCGGCCGUUUGCGAUUGGUGUUUUCGUGUUCGGGUUUUGGAUUCUUGAUGUGGCUAAUAAUGUUACGCAAGGUCCUUGUAGAGCUUUGCUCGCUGAUCUUACCAAAUUAGAAGUUUAUGAAAAGGUCCAAAAGAAUGGAGUACUUGUUGAUUCAAGGAGGUGCGGUGCAUCACGUUCCUGGUCAGAAUUAGUCGGGGAUGUUCUUACUGAUUGCCUAGAUGGUAGUAGUGAGAUCAGGGAAAAGCAGAUUUACGAUUUGUGA